GUUUUGAUGCUUUAGUUGGUAUUCCACACUCGACCUAGAAGUUAAACCAACUUAGCUUGGCAUCGAUCAAAUUCAAUCGUCCAUUGAAUUUGAUACGAUCGGUCGCGUCUUCUCCUUUUCCGAUCCUCACUGUACCGUCCGCAAGGAUUAACCACGCACAUACUCACCGUAAAGGAUUACCUACGCAUCCGGGAUAAUUGCAACUGCCGUUUGUAGCAGUCCGAAAGUGUACACCAUGAGAAGUGCACUGUUCGUCUUGGCGCUUUGCGCUGUGGCGCUGGCCACCGCAUCGGCCGAUACCCAUGAGCGCAAGACUCGUGCCGCCGAGGGAUACUUCUACCCCCAGCCGAAGGUGCCGUUCGAUCUGCCCGUGCGCACCACCCAACCUCCCACGAGGCCGCCAACGCGCCCACCCCCGCCACCACCCACCAGGCCACCCACGCGCCCGCCCACGCGGCCACCACCCACAUACCUGCCGCCCACCAACAAGCCACCACCACCGGCCACCACCCGUGUGCCGCCACCACCUCCGCCACCAAGGACUCCUCCUCCAACGAGGCCCCCAACCAGGCCCCCGACCACUCGUCCCCCGGCAACCUAUCUGCCGCCCACCAACAAGCCGCCAGCACCGGUGACCACUCGUCGCCCAACGCCACCCCCGCCGCCAAGGACUCCUCCCCCAACCAGGCCCGCGACUCGUCCCCCAACCCAGCCGCCUACUCGUCCACCAGCAACCUACCUGCCACCCACCAACAAGCCGCCAGCACCAGUGACCACCCGUCGCCCGACGCCGCCACCCACCAGGCCACCACCCCCACCGACGCGCGCUUCGACUCCGGCUCCAACUUACUUGCCGCCCACUAACAAGCCGCCACCACCAGCAACCACCCGUCCUCCAGUGCGCACCACUCCACGCCCGACGCUGCCUCCCACCAGGCCGCCAACGCGCCCACCAACCACCUACCUGCCGCCCGUGACUGUGCGCACCACCCGUCCGCCGCCACCACCUACUCGUCCCCCGACUAAGCCACCAACCACCUAUCUGCCUCCCGUGACUGUGCGCACCACUCGUGCCACCCCACCACCAACUCGUCCCCCAACCUACCCACCGACUACUCGUCGAGUAACCACUCCUGCUCCUACUUACCUGCCACCCACCAACAAGCCACCACCACCAGCAACCACUCGCGCGACAGUUCGCACCACAAUCCGCACCACUCCUCGCCCUACUCUGCCCCCAACUCGUCCCCCAACUCGCCCACCAACCACUUACCUGCCUCCCCCAACUGUGCGCACCACUCGCCCACCUCCACCACCCACUCGCCCCCCAACUAGGCCCCCAACCCGUGCUUCCACUCCCGCUCCCACUUACCUGCCACCCACCAACAAGCCACCGCCACCAGCCACCACCCGCCCCCCAGUGCGCACCACUCCUCGCCCCACUCUGCCCCCAACUCGUCCCCCAACUCGCCCACCAACCACUUACUUGCCGCCCGUGACUGUGCGCACCACCCGCCCUCCUCCACCACCUACUCGUCCUCCGACUAAGCCACCAACCACCUAUCUGCCUCCCGUGACUGUGCGCACCACUCGUGCCACCCCACCACCAACUCGUCCCCCAACCUACCCACCGACUACUCGUCGUCUAACCACUCCUGCUCCUACUUACCUGCCACCCACCAAUAAGCCACCACCACCGGCUACCACUCGUGCCACGGUUCGCACCACUGUUCGCACCACUCCUCGCCCAACUCUGCCCCCUACCAGGCCACCAACUCGUCCACCAACCACCUACUUGCCUCCCCCAACCGUGCGCACCACUCGCCCACCUCCACCACCAACUCGCCCCCCAACUAGGCCCCCAACCCGUGCUUCCACCCCCGCUCCUACUUACCUGCCACCCACCAACAAGCCACCACCACCGGCAACCACUCGUCCCCCAGUGCGCACCACUCCUCGCCCAACUCUGCCUCCCACCAAGCCCCCAACUCGUCCCCCAACCACCUAUCUGCCACCCGUGACUGUGCGCACCACUCGUGCCACCCCACCACCAACUAGGCCCCCAACCAGGCCACCAACCACCUACCUGCCUCCCGUGACUGUGCGCACCACCCGUGCCACCCCACCCCCAACUCGUCCCCCAACCUACCCACCGACCACUCGUCGCCUAACCACCCCCGCUCCCACUUACCUGCCACCCACUAACAAGCCACCACCACCGGCCACGACUCGUGCCACAGUUCGCACCACUGUGCGCACCACUCCCCGCCCCACUCUGCCGCCCACGAGGCCCCCAACCCGCCCACCAACCACCUAUCUGCCUCCCCCAACUGUGCGCACCACCCGCCCACCUCCACCACCCACUCGCCCCCCAACCAGGCCUCCAACCACCUACCUGCCCCCCGUGACUGUCCGCACCACCCGUCCACCCCCGCCCCCAACCCGCAAGACCACGGUGUACGUGCCACCACCGACCGUGCGCACCACCGUGUACGUGCCACCCCCACCCACCAAGCACCAGGGCUACUCGUACCCAGUGCCCAGCAUCCCCUUCAACUUCUAGAGAUCUAGAGAUGAUCCGGGAUAGGGCCUUCGUCUAGGGCUAGAUUGAUCUAGUCAAUACACUCGUACUCGUACUCGUACAGUCUAACGUUACACGAUGCCGCCGCCAGCGGUGCUUGGACGACACUUGUUUGUUUUUAUUUUAUUUUUGUAAUUAAUGAAUCGCAUACUCAUACAGCUAGGGAUCAUUGUCUAUGAGAGCCCCAAUUGUACAGCUAACAGUCUAUCCAACUCUUGCUAUGUUCUACCACUAUGCUACGAUCGAUGGGCGGCCGUCGUCUGUGACGCUCGCCAGCUCAAGACUAUAUAGCUCUAUAUUACGAUUAAAUAAACCUUUUAUUCGGAUCGCUAAAAACCUGAACAAUAAAAUAAGUUUUUCGAA